AUAUAUAUCAUAGAAAAACAUAGUCAAAGAUAUAUUUUCGAGACUGUUAUUGUGCAACACGCCAUGGAUACCAUGGACAUUAAAAUAUAUAUUUAUGAUUAAAUAGGAGUGUUAAAUGUCAGAAAUACUUGUCAUAUUCUUCCUACAUCAAAAUUCGCACAAAAAGAAAACUCUAAGUUGCACUGUUUCCCUAUCAAGUAUCAAUCACGAGCUGCACAACUUAAGUAGGAGAAACCGAUGGGGAUUUAAAGGCUUGAUGCGAUGACGAUCUUGCAGGAGAAACCGAUGGCUCUUCCGCGUGUCACGCGUGACGCUGUAAACAAAUCGAAUAUAAUGACCACGCGACAAUGCGAGCAAUGCAGCUAUAAAAGUUGGCGAACGACAUGUAGCAUGCAUUUCCAAGCAGAGCCAGAACAUUGCGUGACGCCGUGAUGAUCCCGUACCCGGCGCAGGGCCACGUCACGCCGAUGAUGAAGCUGGCCAAGCUGCUCCACGCCCGGGGCUUCCACGUCACCUUCGUCAACACCGAGUUCAACCACCGCCGCAUGCUGGCAUCGCGGGGCGCCGCCGCGCUCGACGGCGGCGUGCCGGGGUUCCGCUUCGCCGCCAUCCCCGACGGCCUCCCGCCGUCUGACGCCGACGCCACCCAGGACAUCCCCGCGCUCUGCCACUCCACCAUGACCACCUGCCUACCCUACGUCGUCGCUCUCCUCGCCGAGCUCAAUGACCCGACCUCCGGUGUGCCGCCGGUCACGUGCGUCGUGGCGGACGCCAUCAUGUCGUUCGCGUACGACGCGGCGAGGCGGAUCGGCGUGCCGUGCGCCGCGCUGUGCACGCCGAGCGCCUGCGGCUUCGUGGGGUACAGCCACUACCGGCAGCUCGUCGAGCGCGGCCUCGUGCCGCUCAAGGACGCGGCGCAGCUCGCCGACGGGUACCUUGACACGGUGGUGGACGGCGCGCGCGGCAUGUGCGAUGGCGUCCAGCUGCGCGACUUCCCCAGCUUCAUCCGCACCACGGACCGCGGCGACAUCAUGCUCAACUUCAUCAUGCGCGAGGCCGAGCGGCUCACCCUCCCCGACGCCGUCAUCCUCAACACCUUCGACGACCUCGAGCGGCCGGCGCUGGACGCCAUGCGCGCCAUCCUCCCACCGGUCUACACCGUCGGGCCGCUCCACCUCCACGUUCGCCAUGUCGUCCCCAAGGGCAGCCCACUGGACACAGCCAUCGGCUCAAACCUCUGGAAGGAGCAGGACGGCCGGCCGCCGCGCUCCGUCGUGUACGUCAACUACGGCAGCAUCACCGUGAUGACGAACGAGCAGCUGCUGGAGUUCGCGUGGGGCCUCGCCCACAGCGGCUACCCGUUCCUCUGGAACGUGCGCCCCGACCUCGUCAAGGGCGACGCCGCCGUGCUUUCACAGGAGUUCCUCACCGCCGUGGAAGGCCGCAGCAUGCUGACGACAUGGUGCCCGCAGGAGCAGGUGAUCGAGCACCCCGCGGUGGGCGUGUUCCUGACGCACUCUGGGUGGAACUCGACGCUGGAGAGCCUCUGUGCCGGUGUGCCAAUGUUGAGCUGGCCCUUCUUCGCCGAGCAGCAGACGAACUGCCGGUACAAGCGCACGGAGUGGGGCGUCGGGAUGGAGAUCGGCGGCGAGGUGGAGCGGAGCGACGUGGCCGCCACGAUACGGGAGGCCAUGGAGGGGGAGAAAGGGCGGGAGAUGCGGCGUCGCGCGGCGGAGUGGAAGGAGAUGGCCACGAGGGUGACGCUGCCCGGUGGAACCGCGGAUAUCAACUUGACAAGGCUUAUCGACGAGGUGCUGCUCAGUGGUGGGAAGAAGCGUCAAGCUUUGGACGCCCGUGACUGAAUCUAAAAGUUUACGAUAAUAUUGUGUUGGCAUGUUUAUAUUGAAAAGGUUUUCUUAAAAAUUAA